UCCUUGCGCGGUAUCCAGCGACUCGACUGAGAUCAAACAGCGCUCUCUCCUUCGAUUAGCGCAUUCUUUUUCAUCUUCGUUCCAUCACCUCCCUCACUCCAGGUCUUCUUGGCUCCAUCAUGGGUGACGACGAGCGCCGCACUAAGCGAUCGCGCUUCGACCAGACCGAAGCAGAACCCCGACGCCCUUCCCGGUUUGACCGUCGUUCACGCUCGCCUUCGUCGCGACAGUCGGAGACAACUCGUACUCGAAGCCCACUUCGCGACUCUCGCAGCCCGGCUGCUGAUGCUGGAAAACGGUCGACAUCUACAGAUCCCGCCGCCGCAGCUGCGGCGGCAGCGGCCAAGAUCAAUGCUCAGUUGCAGGCUAAGAAGGGCAUUCAGCAUGUCGACGUGCCCCCGAUUCGUUCGACUGCGAGUCCUGCACCCAAGGCCUCGUCGCCGACAGAUGGGAAACUGAACACCGAAGUCUACAUCGCUGAUGGCGACUAUAUCAAGGAUAUUGAGAUCAACGAUCUGCGCAAUCGUUAUACACUGACAAAGGGCUCUACUCAGAAAAUGAUUAAAGAUGAAACUGGCGCCGAUGUCACCACUCGAGGAAACUACUAUCCUGACAAGACUAUGGCUACUGCGGCGAACCCCCCACUCUACCUUCACGUUACGAGUACAAGCAAGGAAGGGCUCGACAAGGCUGCUGCGAUGAUCAAUGAUCUGAUGCAGAAAGAACUGCCCAAUCUUGUUGACGAACGACGAUUUCGCCGUCGGGAGCCCGAACAGUUUGAGCGCGAUGAGUUUGGCCGUCGCAAAUGGCCGGAGGAGCGCAUUCCUAUCGAACUCGAGCCAAUCCCCGGCUUUAACCUUAGAGCGCAGGUUGUCGGACAAGGAGGCGCAUAUGUCAAGCAUAUUCAACAGAAGACCCGAUGCAAGGUCCAGAUCAAGGGCCGCGGCUCUGGUUUCUUAGAGCCUUCUACUGGCAGAGAAAGCGAAGAGCCUAUGUUCUUGCAUGUAGCUGGUCCCAACCCUGAUGAUGUGCAAGCUGCCAAGGAGCUUUGCGAAGAUCUCCUGGCGAACGUCAAAGAGCAGUAUCAACGUUUCAAGGAGAACCCUCCUCAGCAUAACUAUGGCGGUUACGGUCAGCGAGGAGACCGUCACCACUACGGCGGCAACAACAACAACAACAACAAUAACCAUUACGGCUAUGGUCACCACCACCAUCAGCAGCAGCAGCAACAGCAGCAGCAACAACAACAACAACAGUCACCCACCGCAACGGCUAGUCCAUCUGGACAGGGAGCCUCGGGUGCAGCUGGUGCAGCUGGUGCAGCCGCAGGCACCAAUGCCGCUGACUACAGCGCCCAGUACGCCCAAUACUACGGAUCUGAUCCCUAUGCAGCCUAUGGUGGUUACCAAAACUACGUCGCGUACUACCAGUACUACCAACAGGCCGCUCAGCAGCAGCAAGAGCAGCAGCAGCAGCAACAACAGCAGUCGCCUCCGCCUCCGCCCCCUGCUAGCGAGGCGCCACCACCACCUCCUCCUGGCUCAGGCUCGCCGCCUCCCCCUCCUCCAGGCGGUAGCUACAGCGCAGUCCCACCCCCGCCGGGUCUGUAAACCUAGUUCAUUACCAGCCAUUCAGUAGGAAUCGUGCCGGGAGAUGAACAAGGGGGGGGGGAAAAGGAACGAUACGAGAUUGAUAACCAGGCUUGUAGGAAUAACUUUCUGUUUGAAAAUUCCAGAUUCUGCAGAUUUCCGGGGCAAAAACCAGUAUUGAUCAUUCAUGCUUUUGAAUAGUUAUACGAUUAAUCCGCCC